UACAUUCCGAGAGCGUACAAUAAUCAUUUUCCUUACUAAUAUAUAUAGGGUUGUAUGAAUGCAUAAGAAGAGAAUUUAAUAAGAGUAAAACAGCAAUAAUUGAAUAAAAAUAAGUUAACGAAAAAGAGUAAAACAACGAGGAAGCAACUACGUAUGCUUGCUUAUAAAUCUUUGGUGGACUUACCAGAUGUGGCAAAAAAAGGAAAUGGCUCUUAACCUCUGUCUCUCUCUGUCCUUUCUCAUCAGUGUUCUCUUUCUGUUUAAGCUGGCAAGAAGGUCCAAAUCCAAACCCAAAACGAAUCUGAAUCUGCCUCCAUUUCCCCCAAAGCUACCGUUCAUAGGAAAUCUGCAUCAGUUUGGCACACUGCCACAUCGAGCUCUUCGAGAUCUCUCUCUCAAAUACGGUGAUAUAAUGAUGUUGCAGUUGGGACAGAUGCAAACUCCAACCCUUGUGGUUUCGUCUGCAGAUGUGGCCAUGGAAAUAACGAAAAGUCACGACCUAGCCUUUUCGGACCGACCCCAAAACACUGCUGCAAAUAUCCUAUUCUAUGGAUGCACAGACUUUGCCUUUGAACUCUAUGGAGAAAACUGGAGACAGAAAAGAAAAAUAUCCGUGGUUGAAUUUCUGAGCUCGAAAAGGGUGCAAUCAUUUAAAGCUAUCAGGGAAGAAGAAGUUGCGCAGUUGGUGAAGAAGCUACGUGAAGCUAGCAGGAGCGAUGAAAAGGUUGUGAAUCUAAGUGAGAUGAUUGUGUCAACAUCGAAUAAUAUUGCGUGUAAAUGUGCUCUUGGGAGGAAGUUUGCAGGAGAUGGUUACAGCAGAGUGAAAGAGUUAGCAAGGGAAGUUAUGAUUCAUCUCACAGCUUUUACUGUCAGAGAUUACUUCCCUUGGCUGGGUUGGGUUGAUGUUGUUACUGGAAAAAUUCAGAAAUAUAAGGCCAUUUUUCAAUCUUUGGAUGUUUUAUUUGAUCAAGCAAUUGCGGAGCAUUUGACUCUGAAGAAGGAAAGUAACCACUCCAGAAAGAAAGACCUUUUGGAUAUCCUUCUCCAUUUUCAAGAGAAUAACAUGCUUAAUUUCGAGCUCACAAAAAAUGACCUCAAAGCACUUCUAAUGGAUAUGUUCGUUGGAGGAACUGAUCCAGCUGCGGUAACAUUAAACUGGGCUAUUUCAGAGCUUGCGAGAAACCCAGCCAUAAUGAAGAAAGUACAAGAAGAAGUGAGAAGAGUUGUAGGGCAUAAAUCAUGUGUAGAAGAAGAUGACAUCAAUGAAAUGCAUUACCUGAAGUGCACAGUGAAAGAAACUCUAAGGUUGCAUCCACCUGCUCCACUUUUGGCUCCUCGAGUAACAAUAUCUGGUGUAAAAUUGAAAGGAUAUGAUAUUCCUGCAGAAUCAACGGUAUAUAUUAAUGCAUGGGCAAUUCAAAGGGAUCCUUCGUUCUGGGAAAGUCCUGAAGAAUUCCAGCCAGAGAGGUUCGAAAAGAGUGAGGUUGAUUUUAAAGGUCAUCAUUCUCAGUUUAUUCCAUUUGGGUUUGGAAGAAGAGGAUGUCCUGGAAUGCAUUUCGGAGUUGCUAAUGUUGAGUAUGUUCUUGCCAACCUUCUUUAUUGGUUCGAUUGGAAGUUGUCGGAAUCUGAUGAACUUAAGCAAGACAUAGACAUGAACGAGGUAUCUGGACUCGUUGUCUCAAAGAAAACACCACUUUAUCUUAAACCAAUAGCUUACUCAUUUUCAUCCAAGUCCUAAACUUUGUUGGUUGAUUAUUGAUCAUGUGUGAUGUGCUACAUAAUAAAACUAUUAAGUUGAUGAGUGUGUGAUGUGUGUACAAUGACUACUAUUUAGAAGUGGUCAGUGAGGUUUAUUUCUGUUUUUGGAUA